CUCCACUUCGUAACCGUUUUUCCCCCCUCUCUCUAGGGUUUCAGGAAAACUCAAGUGCCCUGUUUCCAGAGUCCUCCAUAGCUCGAUCGAACGUUAUUUUUUGCCCCCUUCUCUUUAUCCUCUCCUCUCUCUGUAACAUCACAUUUUCCGAAAACUCGCCUCGUUCCCUUCCACCAGAUGUGGAGGCUUUUUUGUUCAGCUGCAAGUUUUGCAUGCCCAUUAUUCCUCUUCAUCUGAAAUCCAAUUGGGUUUCGUCCUUUCUUGGCGCUGCUCUGUUGGUUUCGCUAGGGUUUCAAAUAAAGUUGUCGCCUUUUUGGUUAAAGGAGCUUUGCUCGAGCUGUUCUUCAGCAAAUUGGGCCAGCGCCGGCGCCUUUGUUGUCAAUUCGUUUGUUCGAGCUGGUUUGGGAGGAAUUAAGUUUGAAGGCAGGGGGAGGUUGCAUUUUGGUGUGGGGGUGGGAGAUGAAUAGCGUGUUCAGUGAACAGAUUCUGGCCGACAAGCUCUCCAAGCUCAACAGCACCCAACAAUGCAUUGAAACUUUGUCACAUUGGUGCAUAUUUCACCAAACCAAAGCCGAACUCGUUGUUGCGACAUGGGACAAACAGUUCCACGUCUCGGAGAUGGUUCAGAAAGUCCCUCUGCUUUAUCUAGCAAAUGAUAUCUUACAGAACAGUAAACGUAAAGGCAAUGAGUUUGUGACCGAGUUCUGGAAGGUUCUCCCCUCAGCUCUCAAGGACGUUUCUGCAAAAGGUGAUGAUCGUGGCAAGACUGUUGUCUCCAGAUUGGUUAAUAUAUGGGAAGAAAGGAGAGUGUUUGGAACACAUUCUCGAAGCCUAAAAGAAAUCAUGCUUGGUGAUGAGACUCUACCAGACUUGGAGUUCAGUAAAAAGCGUUCACGCACGGUCAAGAUUUUCAAACGAGAUUCCAGAUCUAUUAAAACGAAAUUGCCCAUUGGUGGUGCUGCCGAGAAAAUUGUAUCAGCAUUCCACUCGGUUGACAGGGAGCGUUCCAAAGAAGAGGCAGAGAUGAGUAACUGCAAAUCUCUGGUCAGUCGAGUCAGGAAGAUGGAGAAAAAUGUUGAUAUUUCCUGUAGCAACGGAAAAGAUCCCAAACGUACAAGUUUGGCGAAAGAACUAGAGCAGGAAGACACCCUUCUGAAGCAAUGUAUUCAAAAACUUAAAUCCGUUGAAGCCAGUAGAGCUACCCUUGUCUCUCAGUUGAGGGAAGCUCUAAAUGACCAGGAAUCUGAAUUGGAGGUUGUGCGAACUCAGAUGCAGGUAGCUCAGGCACAGGUGGAUGAGGUCAGCAUAAUGAUAAAGCGGCUGAACGACGAAGACUAUGUGCCCAAAGCCACAACUGCAACCCAAAUAGAAGCAGAUACAAAUGGCAAAGCAGGACACACUCCAAAGAAAACUGCAGCAGCUAUUGCUGCCGAGGUUGCAGAUAAGCUUGCAGCCUCAAGCUCCUCUCAAAUGAUCAUGCAUUCUGUUCUGUCUUCAUUUGCUGCAGAAGCAGCAAAGACCCAAGGUUUGAAGUCAACACCAGUUAGCUCUUCGGUCAAUGAUUCCGUGCCAGAACCUGCUAUGUUUAUGUCAGCACAAAACCCCCUUUCUGCUGCUCCCUCGAACCAUCCAUACCACACCAUGCAGAAUCAGGUACCGAGCUCUCAGUCUCAGUUUCACGUGCUGCCGAAUCCUUCCUCUCAGCAGUACUUGCAGCCUCCUGGAGGGAUUGUUACUCCCUACGGAUAUGGUAGCAUUAGUUCCUUGCCACCAGGACCACCGCCUCCACCUCCUCCCUAUAUGAUGAGUCCAAUGGUGCCUAUGACUCAGCAACCACCGUCGCAAGUUCCAAUUACUCAACAGCAGCAAGCUGCUGCCGGUCCUCCUAGUUUUAGACCCUUGCAGCCGCCUGGUAUGGUGUAUUAUGGCCAUCAUCCAUCAUCCCAUUCUCAGUGACCACAAUGAGGUCAGUUUGUUUUAGGUGUGUUGGCUGUAUAAUUUAUCUCGGGGCCCUGUUUUCCCUUGUAACUGAGAAAUUUCUUGGUAGUAAGAUAGUAUUGGUGAGAUUAGAACAUCUGAUGAAGAUUGAUCAACAUUUUUUUUAUAUAGCUACCAGUAGCAGGGCCAUCUUAGUGAUUCAAAGUGGAGGUGGCAAAUGAAUCGAGCUGAUGUGAGCUCAUGGGUUUGUAGCAAAUAGGUGGGGGUCAAAUUGCGUUUGUGAAUUUAUAGUUAGGAUCAAAUGAGUUUUGCUUAUUGUAUGAAGAGUAUUUCAGUCAUUUGUCAAGUGUAAGGGUUGCUGGUUAAGUUUUAAAUUUUCGGUUCUCAAUCAUAGUUAGAUCAGUUUGUUAAUAGGAAAAGGAUGAACUGAAUUGGGAGGAUGGAAGUAUGUGGCAAAUUAGAUUCUCAAAGUGUGAAGAGAUGUGUUAUUACUGCAAAUCUUUUGAAGGAUUAUUAGUUUAGUACAGGAGUCAAACAAACAGGCAAGUGAAUAUGGUUACACAGUAGAGAGGCAUCAAUAUCAGGUAGUGCUGCUGUUGAUAGGUGAAAUUCGGUUGAUGAUAGCAUCUCUGAUACGAAGCGGGAGAUGGUGCAUGAUGGCCAUAAUGGUCGAGUAACGACCCGACGAGAACCAUGCUGGUGGAUCCUUUCUGAGUAUGGCAGCUACUGUAUCUUUCGCGAACUUUUCUGCAGGGGUGGAUUUGAGGCUUUGGGAGAGGAAUGCCCUCUGCCUGAUCGCAGCCUCGAAUGGUUUGUACAGUUGCCACUCGGGCAUCUUGUUGUAGUUAGCUGACGCGGAGUUCCCGAUGUUUGAUCUGAUGGCUCCUGGAACGACAUUGAUCACGUCGAUUCCCAGCGGCUUAAGUUCCAGCCUGCAUGUGUCAGUCAGUGCAUGAAUUGCUGCUUUAGAUGCGGUAUAUGUGCCGGCCCAAGCGGUGGGACCCAUCACUGUAACGCUUCCCAGGUUGACAAUUUUCCCCUUUCUCCGGGAAGCCAUGUGUGGAGUGACGGCUUGAACCAUCCUCAUUGUGCCGAAUACGUUGGUGUCGAAAGUGCUCUGCACAGCAGAGAGGGGGAUCUCAGCAAGAGGGCCGACGCACUGAACGCCGGCGUUGUUGACAAGAAUGUCCACUUUCCCAUACUUCCCGACGACGUCCGAAACCACCCGUUCGACGCUUUCCGCCGACGAGACGUCCAGUUCCUGGAGAUAGAAUCUCGGGUCCUGCUCCAGGUCCCGCAUCGUGCUCUUCGACCGGCUGGUGGCCACGACCCGGCAGUCGUUGGCGGCGAACUCUCGAGCCAGGGCGUGGCCGAUGCCUCCUUGUGAGCAGCCGGUGAUCAGAACCACUUCCCGUCCGACCGAAUCCAUCAUCAGCUCCUUCUUGUGGGGUAUUUUUGCGGGGAAUUAAAGGGGAAUUUCCAGAGUGGGGAAGUUUCCCGGUGAGAAGGUGGGCCGUCUAGAAUAAAUAGAGAGAGAUCAG